CUUAAAAUUUUCGUGCGGUGCUGCUGCCUGCUUCUGCUACAUUAUACGGGUCUGCAAGACUGCAACAGCUGCAACGGGUCGGAUCCUAAUUGAAAACUCUAAAACCAUCUUCAAUCCAAUGCUGCUUGUCCCUUUCCGCUCAGCUGCCCUAACCCUACCCGGAAACAACCCGUUUCACUCCAUUCUAAGAUCCAAUAUCUUAAACCGAAGCUUCAAUUGUAGCACCAAUUUUCGUAAAACCCUAACCCUAAUUUCAAAAAUGGGGACUAGCUCCAAAAGACCAAUGUGCCCUUCAUGUUCAAAACCCACGCGAAUUUGUCUCUGUAAUCGAUUCAAGACCCCAAUUCUUGAUAAUUCUGUCGCUGUUACAAUUUUACAGCACAUUUUGGAGAAGGAUCACCCACUCAAUUCCACUAGAAUUGCUGUGUUGGGGCUCAAGAAUCUUGGUGUGGAAUGGGUUUCUGAUGUUAAUUUUCAGGCCCAUUUCGAUAUUCGGGUGUUUCGAGAAGAGGGUGAGGGGAAAGAUGGGGUCUUCAUUGAUGAGAGUAGUGGGAAAAGUGUUAAUUUUAGUAUUGGAAAACAUGGGCUUAUUAGCUCUUUCAAUCGGGAAAUGGUGCUAGUGAAUGGAAAAGAGAAUGUUGGAUUUGAUGGUUUUGUGGAUUCCCGGUUUAUGGUUGAUGCAUUUGAAAAAGGUUUUGUUGUAAAAAAGGUGCAUGAAAGGGAAUUUGACGGAGAAAGUGUGAAUGUAGAGUCUGAAAUGGAAGUUCCUGCUGGAUCAGUUCUGCUUUUUCCGAGUGAAAAAGCGGUUGGUCCCGAGGAGAUUGAUUUUGAGGUGAGGAACUUGAUUGUGUUGGAUGGAACAUGGGCAAAAGCAAAAAGAAUGUAUAAAGAGAAUCCUUGGUUGAAGUCAUUGCCACAUUUAAAAUUGGAUUUAGAUAAGCUGAGUUUGUAUGGUGAAGUGAGAAAUCAACCAAGGGCUGGAUAUUUGUCCACGAUUGAAAGCAUUGUAUAUGCACUUAAGGCUCUAGGGGAGAAUUCUGAAGGCUUGGAUGGAAUGUUGGAUGUUUUUGCAUCUAUGGUCGGUGAUCAGAGGCGAUGCAAGGAUGAAAGAUUGAGCAUGGCAGAUUAGACCUUGAGGUAUAACUUGACAAUUUUGAUCUGUAAGAGAUUAGAGAUGUGAUGUUGUCGAAUUAGGUAUAUUGAAUAUUGAAUACAUAACCUUACUAUUAGAGUCCAAUUUAUACAUGGACCAUGGUUGUAUAUUCAACACCAAUUGUAUUGUUUGUUUUUAAAAUAGUUAUUAAUUGUCUUGCCA